AUGUCGAGUAAAGAAGAGUCGCCGGUUAUGGGAAACUCUUUUCUUGAAUGGUCCAUGGUUGAGAAAUGCCUAAAGAGCUACUACGACAUUAAGGCAAAUUUAAUUGGAGAGAGCAUGUUUCGAAUAAUUAGAACAUCACCGAAAGUCUGUGUCAGUAUUCUUGCGAUUAAACCGAAAUGGGACGAAAUUGUUGACAAGAAAAAAGUGCCCCAAUUCUUUUGUGCGAAGGUAUACACCCUUCAUGCUGAUUGCCCAAAAGAGCUUAUUGAAAAAAUGGCCGCUGGAAAAUCAGGGGAGAUUGAUGAAGAAGCGGUUGGCUACAAUACUUACCAAUCUGUAAUGGCGUGGGAGAAUUGCAAUCGUGAGAUUCACGUCUACCAAUUGAUGAAGAAAUAUGGAAACAAAACACAUUUGAAAAUCCUCCCGCUGAUUGGCUGCAGAGGAUUCGAAACAGUCAAUGACAAAUAUGGGUUCAUUCUUACACCAUUGGUUAUGAAGCGAUAUAAAUCUGGUGUCAAUGAAGAAUGCGUACAUUCAAUUGUAAGAAGCAUGGCUGCGUUUGGAGGAAUGAUGAAAAAGUUCAGUGGCAAAGAUUAUAAAAAAUUGCAGAUGAAUUAUUACGAGCACCUUUUUCCAACUUAUUUGAAUGCACCGUCGUUGAAAGCUCUUAUGGAUAAUCUGAAAAUAGUUUUUGAAAAUGACGAAGAUGAAAUGUUGGAAAAUAUUCAAGAAAUUAUUGACUACGGAUAUGGAAAAGAUUUUGUUGUUGAGAGGCUUGCCAAUAUGCACAAAUAUUUCGGUCAUUCCAAAGUAUUGAUUUACAAUGGCGUUCAUCCACAUAGAUUAAUUUUGGAGCGAGCCCUAGGAGAAGAUUAUGAGAUGACGGCAAUGUUGGAUUUUGAAAACGUCAGCUAUGGGUUUCCCGCAUAUGACAUUGCAGCUGCAAUUCAGUCAUGCGUAGAUGAUUUGUACUUUGACUACUACAAACUUCCCACAUAUGUUAACGUUUAUUGGGCUGUAUAUGAAGAGGAGUGGAAUCACGAGCCACUCGUCACCUACGAUAACUUAAUGUACGGCACGAUGCUCUUGGUUCCAGCAAUGAGAUUCAUUCGAUUAAUGGAUGCGGUAACAAAGGGAGCUAAAUCGAAAAACACUGUCGAGCCUAUGGACUGGGUGGAAUUGAAAAACGAGAUGCUGGAGAUCAUGGGGGAAUGCUAUGACAGCUUCAUUUAUACAAUAAAUCACCUUUCGAGAUUCUACAUGCCGGGAAUUGGAAACAAUCCAAGACCAAAAGAACCUAAUCCAGAAGAUUACCCAGAUUUGGAUACUAUUGGGCUCUUUGGCCUUAGCGAAUUUAGCAAAAAAAUACUUGAGGCCAAGCAAGCUGAAAAAGCUGCACGCAUAGAUACGAAAAAACCCGCAGAAGCGGCUAAAAAUGUAAUAGAACAAGCUGACAAGGUGAAUGCUGCUGAGGAUGAUUCUGUAAAGAUAGAAUCUGGAAAGAAAGAAUAUGGAAAGGAAUUGAAUAUCAAAAGCACAGAAGUUGCCGGAAAGGAAGAUAUCGGAAAAAAUUAUUAUUGUGAAUGCCACCACCAUCAUCCGGAAGAUGUUCAGGAAUCUGACAAGUAUUAUUCAGUAGCGGAAAACAAAGAAGACGAUUCUGGAAAUGGCGAAGUCGAUGAAGAGAAUAAAAAAUCAAAGAAAAAAGCAGAAGAAGAAAAGAUGGUGGAAAAAUUCACAAAAGAAACGGAGGAAGCUAAGAACGCAGAAGAAGUGAAUACAACACUCAAGGAUGGUGCUAAUGAGCCCAAAGAACUCAAUGAAGAACUGAAAGAUGAAUGGUUCUUCACGUUCCUUCUUUGGGCAUUGGCAAAACCCGUCAUACGCAUAUAUCCGGAUUGGGUGGGUUCGAUGAACGUCGAGAAGCUACCCAAAACAUUUGUUGUUAAAAUUCCCACGCUUUUGCCAAUUUCGAAUAAAGCUAAGAAUCCGAUGGCAUCGCAGGAAAAGAGAGGAUAUUUACUGAGAAUGCUUCACAAUCGCGAAAUCAGUACCUAUCAGUUUCUCGCAGUUAAUCCGCAUCCUUUUGUUCCUCUUCCUAAGGUUUAUUGUGGGCGCAAGUUUGCUGGGCUUGGAAGGAAGGGAUUUUUGAUAAUGGAAGACUUGAAACUCAAUCCUCAGAAUUUUUGUUUCUAUCAAAAUAUUGAAGAUUUGAAACCAGUGGUUGUUGCUGCUGCCACAUUUUCCGCUAUUGGUCAGAAAUUUGGGCCAUCCCGAUUGCGGUUCGUCACCGACAUGCAGUGCCGAAGAAUGAUGUAUUCUGACGUGUUGUGCGCGAAAGUUGUUCAACUAUCUGAGAACAAACUUAUUGAUCUUUUGAAUGGAAAAAUAAAAGUGAUUGACUCGUUCUUUGAAAUUGUCAAAACCUGCUACUUACUUCCCAAGUGUCACGAUGCAUUCAUAAACCUGCAUAAAUAUAUUGGUCACUCUCCGAUUUUUAUUCACACAAGUUUACAUCACGGAGAUGUUCUUAGUACUUUUGAUGAUGAAAACAGAGUUCAUUUUAAGGCUCUUGCCGAUUUCCAGAGAGUUUCGUUUGGCAGUCCAGGUGAAGAUAUCGCUCGUCUUCUAUUCAAUUGUCUGAAACUCAAAGUACUGAAAGUUCAUCAAAAUGAGCUUCUUCAGUUAUACUACAAAACAUUCAUCCAAGAAUUCAAUAGGAAUGGGCCUUGCGCAUUUAAUGGCCUUCCCAUUAUUCCUUACACCUAUGAGCAGCUACAUCACUCUUUCACCUUGUUUCUUCCGAUAGUAAUUGUAAGCUUUGUUGUCGGAUACGCGGCCGAUUUAGAUAUCAAAUCGCUACGAAACAAUGAGACAAUGGAGAUAAUUCAUACUUUGUCCUAUUUUCAUUAUCCAAAUUUGGAUCACGUACAGCUUCAUUUUCAAAGACUCUAUAAUACGAGUGCAAUUUUUGGACCAUUACGAGAUGUCCGUCGAAUCGACUCGGACUACGUCCGACCAAUUACAAAGCGUUUUAUGGUCUACGCAUUGACUCCUAAUUGGGAAAACGCGAAUUCGUAUGAGAAAUUGCCGUCAAGUUUAGUAUUCGUUAUGCAAUUCUAUCUUGCUGAGACAAUUUUGAAAAAUGAUUAUUCUUUGCUUCCAACACAAGAAGAGCGUAUGAAAAUUACUCGUAGUCUUACGUAUUAUUUGGAAGGAACUAUUGCUGUAAAGCUGUUCGCUUACGAUAAUCAUUGCAGUGAGCCUAAAAAUUUGAUUUGUGAUCAUCAUGAAGAUUUUGAAUGUAUUGGUGGUGGAUAUCUCGAAGUAAUUCGAAUCGUCGAACAUAUCACCGAAUUCGUUAAUGUUGAGCCGGCACUCCCAACAGAUUAUGUCAAAGCAACAAUCUUGCUGAGGAGCUCCACUUUUACCGACGAAGAAAAAGAAUUUUGCAGAGGGAUUAACGAAAACGUUGAUGAAAUAUUUCGAUAUAUUGUGUCAUUCCUUGGAACAAUUGAGGAGUUCAACAAAUUUCGUGACAUUCUCAAAAAGUUUUACUUCAAUCGUCAAUUUAUCAUAAAGCGCUUUAAACUGAAAACAUUUUUCAUUGAGCGCAAUCCUCAAGGUUUCGCUCGCGACGAUCUAUGCCAUGAUUUUGGCGCCGAUGCUCUUAAAAUCGAAGAUUUCUUGAGAUGCGAAUAUAUUAUGGAACAAGUGACGGGACUACGAGAAUACUUUAAAUCAUUGAAUCUUUGCUUGGAACGUCUGAACUUCUGCGAAGCUAUCGGCUCCCUUCACUCCCGAUUUUGUGAAACUGAAAAAUAUCAUAUGCAAAAGUUCAGCAUCGAUGACAUUGCCAACAGUUUCAGCUUCAAUUAUCCCGUCGCGGAAGUCAAAUUUUUGCGAGCUCCGUUCACUAAUGCGCUGAAAGACGCCUAUCAAGCCCAUCGAACCAACAUAGCCAUAUUUGCCCCGUUGUUCAAUGUUCUUAUUAAUUAA